CACAGCCGCUCUCCCCGCAGGGUCUCCGCCUCCCGAGGCGCCGGCGCUGCCGCUGCCCGGCCCCGCAGGCGGAGCUCGGAGCCCGGGCUGCCGGCCUUGGGCCCGGAGUGGGGCGGGCGCUUAUUUCUGUAGAGUGUUUGUGCUGAAGGGCCGGGAGGAACGGGCUGCUGGUGAAAAAACACCAAGCUCUGGAAGCAGGUUUUUAGUGAUGUAAAGGCGUUUCCUCGUUAGAAACAAACAAGAAACCACAAAAGGCCUUACACCCCCUCCCCGCCGCUAAAAGUACGAGAACAGCACAAACAAACCCCAUGACCACGGCAAAAAAAACCCCCAAAACCAAAAAAAACCCAACCUCCAAACACCAAAAAACCAGCCUCUAAACAAACAAAUAAAUAAACCCCAAGGACAAACAAACAAAAGCCCCCCAAACCCAAUAAAAUCCCCCAAAACCUUCAGCGUAUGCUGUAGACUUCAGCUUUUGGAGUCUUCGGCAAAACUAGCGAGCAAAAUCCCUGAACAUUUCUCCAGGCAAGCUCAGUUCACGCUACACUUCAAAAUGAACGGCACGCGUGCCGUGACAGUAUUUUCAUGUGACACAUCAGAACUAAAGGCUCUCCUGUCCCUUUUGCUGGCCCUUGAAGUGUCCGAUUCCUGGUUGUUCCCAUCCAAGAGCAGAGUGGGACAGCAGGGCUUCGGUGACAAACGUGGAGAGUUAUUUAGGGUUUAAGGGUGGGGAAACACCCGAUCUGCACAAGCGCUCAACACCUGAGUAGUCUGGUUUUUGUCUGUGCUGGUUGUCAGGGUCCCUUUUGAAAUGAGAAUUUUCUUCUCAGGCAGAGGUUUCGGUGUUGGGUCCGUGUGGCUCCUCCUUCACUGGGGCCGGUGUGGUUUUUAAAAAGUCUAAAACCAGUUUUUUUAAAAAUGUGUUGUCCUGGAGAUUGGUCACUACAGCUGUGCUUUCACCAGAAAUGGUAAAUAUCCUCCUAAAGACUGAAUACAGUUUACUUUAUUGUUUAUCCUAUAUGCCAAAAAAUCCUAAGUGUUGCAUAUUGAGGGUUUGUUUCAAUUUUAAAUCGUGAUAGGAUUGGUACCAGCUCAUACAGUAUUUGAAACACAGAGUUGUUUGAGAGAUUGUGAACAACUGUAAUGAGAAAAUAGAAAAGAAGCAGAAAUAGAAAAAUCUAAAUAGAAAUUAUAUAUAUAAAAUUUAAAAUUUUCCAUAGAAAAUUAUAAGAAAUAUUAGUAAAAUAUAAGAAAUAUAAUUAAAAUUUAUAAAUUUAUUAUCUAAAUAGAAAACAUCUGUACAUGUCAAGGAAUUAUUUCUGGAGUCAGUGGAACAACUUUAGAAGUGAAACACUUGUUCUUUUCUGUGCAUGUCCAGCAUGCCAAAGUGAAAGAAAAUAGGCUAUUUAGUAGAACAGUUUGGUGUUCACAGUUUUUGUGUCUCAGUUUUUGCGUCUCAAUUUCUCUUUUUAUCUGCCCACUUUCAGCAGCCAUAAUAUCUGAUCAACACCGCUUUCAGCAUCAUAAAUCAGCGCUGAAUAUUGAUUGGGUGUGGAUAAAUUCAAGAGCUCGAGCACAUUUAAGUCACGCAGAGAUGAAUAUUUUGCAUCCAAUAUGGGCUGGGUCAGCCAUAGCUAACGAUGCCCUGACUGGCUGUGAGGACUUGUGAAGCUGUUGGUCAGCCUCAAGGCAAUUUGACAAUCUUUCAUCUCUACAGUACAGGGAGAAGAAUUUUUUUCAAGUGAUUUUUUUUGUCAGAGCUCUAGAAGAUAGCUGACUCAAAAGACUGUCAAAAGUGACCAUUUUGAGUUUUGUCUCUUGGAAAUAAUUGAGAGAAAGGGGUCAGAGAUCUGAAUGUUGAAUUCUUCCAGAAUUUGUUUUAAUUGGAUCAGGUUUGUCAACAGUAAAAAGAAAAAGUUUUGUCUCCCAGGAGAUGUGCAUAUGAUAGACUAAAUGUCAUAAUGAUGUGAACAAAUGAGAUGUAACAUGCACGGAAAAUAUAUGUUUUCCAUUAAAUUUCCACAGGAAUGAUUGAAAAUGUCUUGGGAAUUAUUUAAGCAAUUUACAAUAUUGUUUAAAAAGGUACAUCUGGGCACACUGAGUACAGUCUUUUGUCGUUCAUUAGCAAUGUAUUUAAUGAGGGUUUUUUUAAGUGAUAGAUAGUUAAGGUAACAGACAAGUGACAGAUUGUUUGUCUUUAACGAUUUCCCUAUUUCAGGCCCAUUACAAAGCAAUUAGAAAUCUGACAGCAUUUUUACUCUGCAUUACUGAUCAUCUAAAGUGAUGAGAAAUGAGAGGUGAUGAAUAUUAAUUGUAUAUUUUCAUAUAAUUAUCAUAAAUUAUUACCUUGUCUAGUGCGCUGCAGGUGGAGUAAAAUCAAUGGAUGAAAAUUCAGUCAAAUAUGAUAAUUUGAAAGAUUUCAUGACUUAGUUUUUGUCUUUAAAGUGCAGUGUCAAUCAGUCUAAAGCAGGCAUGCAUUAACUGAGGGAAAUGCAAAGAUACUCUUAGUUUUCCUUGGUUUGCUAGCACUGAGCAGCGUGGCUUUUACUCUUGUGCCUGUGACAAAUUAUUUACAUCUCUUUUUUUGCCUGCCAAAUUUACCCUGGACUGUGGGAGUCAGAGAGACAGAAGUCUUCACAGUCUCAAGAGGGUUUGAUUUACAGCCUUAGAAGAAGCCUAGAUUGAUGUGAAAGCAAGUGCAAUAUACACAAAGGCAAGGGAGCAACAACUGUCGUGUGGAUAAAGCUUGCAAACAUAACAGAUUGACCCCAUUUCACAGUUUGUGUUAAAGCCAGCUUCUUGAGAAAGGUAAUUAUAAAAUGAACUAUUUAAUUCUGAUAUUUAGAUUAUUCAUUUUAUUUGAAUUAGAGAUUUCCAAAGCAAUUGGAUAUGUUUCCACAUGUUUGUUGAAGAAAAGCUUAUUUUCUUUAAAGAUACAGUUUAUAAUUCCUCAUACUUUUGAUUUACAUGUUUCUAUUAUGUGAAUUCUUUCAAAGACUAAAGUACUUUCCAAGUAUGACAAGUAGUAAAGUCCUCUUAGUAUUGCAGGGAAGAAUAUACCUGCUGUACCUCAAAACCAUUUCAUGAAAUAUUCCUAUAUUAUAUAAAAUAUAACAUUAUAUAUUAUAUUAUACAACCAUAUGAGAAAAAUCUAUUAUGUAAUACAUAUUAUCUAAUUAUUAGAAUAUUAUAAAACAUUAUAUAUUUUUCAGUCUUAUCUCAAGGAAAACAUUUGUCUCUUCAGUUUUAACUGAAAGGUGUAGCCUGAAGAUAGACCUGUGCUGAUCCAAGGGCCAGUUGCCACUGCAAUUUGCAAAAUUCUUCUGCCAUUCCUUCUUCACUUUCUUCUUUCAUGAGCUCUUACUGCUUUUGCAUCAGCACCACCUUUUGUGUGACAGUGAAAUAGUCCCUGGAGACAGAGGGGCAAACAUCUGAUUCUGCCUAAAAAAUGAUAAUUUUCUGGUGAUUUAGCUCCACUAAAGGGAUUUGUCCUGUGUCAGUGUCAGCUCUGAGAAGAUGGCUGGAGAACUUGUCCAGGACAAGGGGAGGAGGUGGCAGAGGGGAACAAGGCUGCCCAUUUGGAUGUCACUUAGCCCUUAAAGCUCAUUUCUUCUUCAUCGGACUGGAUGCUGAGCUAGGCUGGGUGAAGUUCAUAGAGCAUUCGUCUGCAAUCAGCAAUGGUAUCAAGAAGGUCACGACUUCAACAUUGUUCCCCACAUCAAACAAAAUCUGUUCAGAGCUGUGAUGGAUCAUCAGAUGUACAGACAGCUACAAAUCAAGCAGCACAGACAAUUUCUUUCUUAUAUCUCUUAUAUCUGAGAGAAACAGAGCUCAAAGUGUUCCCACAGGUCAGCCAAGGUGCUUUGAAAUUCUUCUUAUACUCUGAAGAAUUUUAAUGACCGUAUGCUUGGAUUUUCUUUUUACACAACUACUAUAAAAGCUGCUGGAGGAGAGCUCUGAGGAGCUGACUCUGAACAUGGCUGCACAAUGAGAGUUCUUGGCAGGCGGCACCGAGGCACCAGAACCAAGCACAGAGCCCACGUUGCAACUGGAGAAACAUUUCUGUGGCCAUUCAAAAAAACCAGAAGACCAUCUGUCAUUGAUGAAGAAAGUAUCUCAGACAGUGAAUGGUUGUUCAUAGUGGUAUCAAGCAAAAGAAAAACCAAACCUGUCAUUGUCAUCUGCGUGUGGAAAAUUACUGAGAUCACCUCUAUUGGAAUUUUAGUGUUUAAGAACAGUACAGCGCAUGAUAACUGUGAGAAUACUGCUCCACAAAAUCAAAUUGAAGAGGUUUUAGAAGAAUUUACAUGCUGUCUUUGUUUUCAGUUCUCAAAAAAGCAGAAUUACCAAGCUGUACAACCCCCAGAGCCUUCCUCCCAUCUCUACUUCGUCAACUCCACACCCACCACAAGGCAAUCAGUACACUGAUCUAUAGCAAAGAGGAUUCAGAAUUAACUGAAGGAAUUUUCAUGCUGAACAUGCCUAUCCUUAUGCAAUUAAAACUGAAUGUUAAGCAUGUUUAAAAAAUUUGAAAGAAAAGACAGGAUAUAUAGUUAAUAUAUAUAUAGUUGAUAUAUAGACAAGAUAUUUUUUUCUGAUUAUUUUUGUAUUUGAAAAUAAGUGUAUGAACUUUUUCUGUCUCACCAAAGUCCAGAAAAUGUCUAAAAUACUGUUCAGUUUAAACUUGAACCUGACUCUUCCAAAUCUAUUUUAGAUAGUAAUUUUCAGUUGGGCAACUGUUUAGAAAAGUAAGGAACUUUUAUUGUAAAGGAUUGGAAACUGCAACUGUUGGAGGAUCUUGACCCCAUUGUCAGAAAUUGUAAUAUAUUUGUUUGUUUUCCCAUCCUCUAUUCUCUCUUGCAAAGAAGGGAAUUCUGAGUUAAAGCUGGGUAAGAAACAUGGCAUUUGGGCCUAUAUAUGGCAAAUAUGUGCAGAAAUGGAAAAAUGGAGUGGAAUAUAUGGAAUUUUAGCUUGGGUGAUAUUCAGCACUCUCAAAGUUCCAUGAUUGCCUUAGAACAGCAUUGAAGUUACUGUAACUACCAGUUAAAAUUGGAAAAAAAAAAAAGAAAAAAAAAUAAAAUAACCCCAAAAAUUUUA